UCGGCGUUAACCUUUUGCGACUGGACGCGUCGACGUCGCGCGAGACUAGCGUAGCGCGCUAGUUGUGCUGUAGCCUGGCGUGCGGCCUCUCGGCGGGCUUCGCUUGCGCGCAGGGCGAGCUGACGAGCCGUCGCAGGCCAGAGUGUGCGCCUUGACCGAGGCGCCAGGCCAGUGUCGCGAGUGCAGGGACGCCCGGAGCAGCCGGACGCGCGUCGAGUGUCGGCAGCUGAUCGCAAGCUCCGAGCGACGAGCCAGCUGAUCUGCUGCUCACAGUCAUCUCCACGGCAACGGGCCCCCGCAGUUCCUCGAGGUGGAGAGAAGGAUCUAGCGUUACGAAAGUGGAGGUUCGAGGCGAGUAAUCGACGAAAAAAGAGCGGUGACGAAACAGGGGCUGGCGACAGUCGGAUAUAAAAACGAGAAGGCGAAAGGAAGGAGACUGGCGGACGCCGGGCUAAGCGGAGGUAGUAGCGGAGGCGCGAAGCAGCAAGGGCAGACGGCCCUAUGUUGUGCGGUGAGCUGGUGAACGGGGGGCUCGCGAGCGUAGGUGCGGUUACCGUACCCUGCGGACUGCUCGGCCUCGGGCUGCCCGGCUACCUCAGGGCCGGACCCCAAGGCGCCCCCUCGCCUUAUCUCGCCCUCCUCGCUGAGUUGCUAGCCGAGAGAGCUCAUCUAUUCGCCCGCAUGGAUCUCGACGACAACCGCGAACUCGAGCUUCAGCUCUCGCAAGAUGACAUCGACGAAGAUGUACUCCUCGAGAAUGGACUGCUUUCGUUCGAAAAUCCAAAUUACCAUCUGGAUCCAGCACGAUUGGAUGACGCGCUUAACAGCAACGAGAAUGGCAGUUCUCUAUACGAGGAGUUGUAUCAGGAAUUAGUCAGCGGAGUGAGGGGCAAUGCUGCCAACGAGAUGACACGAGUCCAAGGUAGGCGUACUUACGCCAACCUUGACAUCGGUAGCAUGGGCGUUGACGUAACCCAGGGUCCGCUUACUCAAGAUCCCACAGUCUCUGACAACAGCGAAAAUCACAAUCACGGGUACGGUGCUGGCGAGGCGUGCGGGAGCUUCGCCGAAUCGAGCCUCAUCGACGACAGCCUCAACGGCAAUCCCCGGGGUGACGAGGCCUCCGCUGCCGAUGACGGCGAUGCCGCCUCAACUCUCACUAAGUGUCGCAUGUCCGCUUGUGUGUUUUCGAGCAGUUAUUGCGAGAAGCCCGAGAGCCUGACGACAGAGAUGGGCGGCGUGCCUCACGUCGAAGGUGUGAACAACGAGCUGUACGCCAACGUGCCGGUCAAGCGACGACAACCCAAGGACAAGCAGCUGAAGCUUCAGAACCACCUCGACAAGCCCAACAAGGACAACUCGAUCGACUCCGAAGACAAAGACGAGAACCUACCGCCCGGCUGGGAGAAGCACGAGGACAAAGACGGACCGUACUAUUGGCACAUCAAAACCGGCACGAUCCAGCGGGAGCCACCAGAGGCCCGUUUUCUAAAAAUCGAGUCUCGUCGAAGCUUCGUCAAGGAUAACGAUAGCAUCAACAACUUCAACUCGCUGGGCGGCCUGGUGAAUACCGUCACCCGAAGCAACACAAGCUACGCCUUAGACCAAGAGCUCGAGAGCAAAAGGAAAGAGGAGUUAGCUCUAAAACGAAGGAGUUAUCCGGCGCGAGCCGACUCGGAGGACAGAAACAAGCCAAUCAGAUUCGCGGUCAGAUCGCUCGGCUGGACGGAAAUAGCCGAGGAGGACCUCACUCCCGAAAGGAGCAGCAAAGCUGUUAACAAGUGCAUCGUCGACUUGUCCCUCGGUAGAAACGAUCUGCUCGACGUCGUCGGUCGAUGGGGAGACGGCAAAGAUUUAUUUAUGGAUCUGGAUGAAGGAGCCCUGAAGCUCAUUGAUCCGGAAAAUCUCACGGUUCUCAAUACUCAACCAAUUCAUACUCUACGAGUCUGGGGAGUUGGGAGAGAUCACGGACGAGAGAGGGACUUUGCGUACGUGGCGAGGGACCGAACGACGCGGAAACACAUGUGCCACGUGUUCCGCUGCGACAUACCGGCUCGUACGAUCGCCAACACGCUGCGCGACAUCUGCAAGAAAAUCAUGAUCGAACGCUCCCUCCACCAGAAUCUGGCCAAGCCCCUGGACGUGAACGGGCGGACGAGCCUCGCCACCAGGCCCACUAAUCUGCCCACCGAACACAGACGACUGCACAGAAACGGCCAAACCCUCGUCACGCAAUCCUUCCCGACGCCGAUGGAGGAGCCGAAGAAGGUGCUGCGAGCACAGUACCUGGGCUCGAUGCAAGUGAGCCAGGCGACGGGCAUGGAGGUACUGAACGACGCCAUCGACCAGCUGAUCGGCAACGUGCCCAUCAAUCAGUGGCGGAACGUGAACGUGGCCAUUGCGCCUAGCAUGAUUUCCAUACUCACGCCUAACGACGACAAGCUGAUAGCCGAGUGCAGAGUGCGUUACCUGUCGUUCCUCGGCAUCGGCCAGAACGUCAAGCAGUGCGCCUUCAUCAUGCACACCGCCCAGGACCUCUUCAUCGCACACGUGUUCAACUGCGAGCCCAGCAGCGGCGCGCUCUGCAAAACGAUCGAGGCCGCUUGCAAGCUGAGGUACCAAAAGUGUCUGGACGCUCAUCCGCCUGGCUUCAGAAACGUCGGCAGCGCCAACACGCCGGGAAACGGCCGGGGCUUGGGCGCCACCCUCAAGUCGUUCGUCGGCACGCUGACCGGCCGCAAGAACAAGCAGAACGAGUCCUGAAACGAGGCUCUCUCGCUGCAGGAACUCUGGUCAUCACUGCCUGCGGAGCGAGAGGUCAUCCGACACAGACACCUGCAGUCGCCGCUGACCCUGAAAUACUUCGGAGGAUCGCCGCCGACUGCCUCGCUCAAAUCGCUGCUCUCGCCAUCGCUCGAUUCCAGACGAAUCCAGCUGGCCCGCUGGGAGAGCGACCACUCCUAAGUGAAAGCCGACCCGAAGAAAGCUCGAGCGUGGGCCAACAAGGGCACGGGCUAUCCGUUUACAUUCUCAUGCAUUAUCCUUUCUUUGCUCGUCUCGUUAGUUGAUAUUUCAAGCAGCCGGUCAUGCAUUUACGUGUCUAAUGCUAGUUAACGCGUAGCUAGAGCUUAAGCGUACACGGUGUUGUGUGUUUCAUUCUCGACGGAAUAAACGUAAAAAAGCAAGAAGCUACGCGCGUUGCGAUCUGACCCGCCCCCGGAUAGAGCGGUUACUGCGUAACUACGAGCGCCAUUCGUCAGUUUCACGAGAUUCUAGUUUCUGUACAUACGUUCGACUGCACGCGCAAGAGUUACGAAAAACAACACUGUUGAUGGUCUCUAUCGCUAUGUGCUUCGGGACAGUUGCCAUACGAAUUGACGUAUUUUGCGAGGCAAACAAGAACGGGGGUAAUGUACUGUCCAGCUGAUAGGUAAUUUAUUUUUUAUGCCGACUACAACUGUAUGUGUGAAAGACGUUAGAAAAUAUUUAAGAGAGCUAAAUAUUACUUUCACGAGGGUCAAGCGAAGCUUGCAAAACAAAAGAAAGUCUACCUACGAAGGUAGAGAAUGAGAGAGAAAAAUAGGACUACGAUUAUACAACAAAACCAAAAACCCUACCGAAGAUCUUGAAUGUUAUCUCGACUUUUUCUCGACUUUUUUCAAGCAUGUAUAAUGCUGCACUAAACACACGUCAUAUGUGUAAAUAUAUAAUAGAUAGCUAUGCUAGCGUAAGCAAAUAGCGAUGAAAAAUGAACAAUACGAAUAGAAGCACGGAAGAAUCACAAUUCUUCACGUCUCCGAUAAGCUGCAUACAAUAAGAUAAAAAAACAAACGUAUAGACGAAAGAGCUCACAAAUGCAUCCAGCGGAUGCGCGCUAGUGCAGAGAUUUUCAUCGAGGCGCGGUCUAUGCCCGAUCCAAUGAACAAGUAAAAAUAAAGACCGAAUAGAUUGUAACAUACGCAUAGCCACGAUAAUGAUAUAACAGUUUUACACAAUGAAAAGUAACACACACGGAAAUAUUAUAUGAUUAACAGGCUAGCAGGCAACAACUUGAGCUUUGUUAAAUUGAUAUGCUUGUUUUAACAGCUAAGAAUCAAAUUUUUUCAUCAAUUUGAGCUUCUUUUAUAAAACAGCUUUCAAAUACGUUGAUUUGCGUUGACAGUACAUUUUCGGCUGCGUAAUUCUAUGAAACACACGCGAAUAACUCUUAUCUAGACUGGUAUUCGAAGGGCUACUUAUAUGAUUACCACAAUCUUUGUGGAAUCGUGAUAUUAAGUAUACCUACAUAUACAUAGUUAGAAUGUGAAAGCACUUGAUGUUAAUGUUGAAUCACAUGACAAGCGUUCCUAUAGUUUUUUGCAGAUUUUAUGCACGAGAGAGUAAUAACCACAUAGAUACCAUAUUAUUGUCGAUCUCGUCGGAAUAUAUUAAAAUUAAAACAAAUUACAUAUAAUCUGCGCAGGACGUCGAAUUUACAAUAAAGAAUGAACAAACAUUCGCGGGACCCAGGAUGACUAUUCUAUAACGUAGGGUAGGGUUAAGAAAAAAGUAACAAAAGAAAUUAAGUAAAUAAUUCGAAUGUUAAAGAUCGAAGUGUGUAUCGGUUAAAAAGUGCGUGAACGGGUGGGGAAUAUUAGAAUAAGAUUUAUUCCUCCACAAAGUAUAUUGAUUUAUUGUUUGACCACGCUCAAGCAAAAUUUAAGCUUCGAUAAUGUAUGUGCAAAAAAUAAUAAAAGAGUAAGCAUGUAUUAGAAAUAAGCAAAGAAUACAACAACAAACAUACCUACUCUCUUGAAAUCAUUGACGCUAACGACACAGGUAAACUUUUUGACCCUUUGAAAGCUGCUUCAGUGUGUAAAUAUAUUAAUUAUCUAUUUGCCGGAUGUAAGCUUUAAUGAUCAGCAUGUAAAUAAGUAUGAUAUAUUGAAAUCAAUAUAACAAUCAUAUGAAUAUUAUUUGUGUGCAACAUAAUACAAUAUUAUUGCAAGCAGCAAUAUUUUGCAAGAAAUGAAGUCACAAUUUUACUCUAAAAAUUAUAAAUUGCUCACAAAUAUAAUUCACAUUUUCACAGUAAAUAACGUUACAAAACUGUAUUAUCAUUUUCGUUAUCGAAAAUCAUAAGUAUUUACACGUUGUCGAAAUAUUUUCAAUAUUUUAACGACAAUAUUUUAAAGCUAUUUGGGUAGGUUUAUUUUUUAUGGUUUGAAAUGAAUAAAAAGUUAUAAGAUCUCUAAUCAUCAGAACAAUUUUUUGGAGUGCAUAGUAAAAACUAGUGGAUUAAUAAUCUAAAAGGUAAUAGGAAAAACAUAGAAGUAUUUUAUAAUUUAACUUUAUUGAAAUAUUUUGACAUGUUCUAGUAUAAUUUGUUUUUAUAAAUCUUUUUAUCAUAUUAAACCAGUAGUAAUAAUUUUAUUCUUUAGUGUAAAUAUUGAAAGGUAAUGGUACGUGAAUUAAUGUCAAAUAUUUUAUAAAGUCAAGAUGAAUGACUCGGAUAGACGGUACUAGUUUUAUUUGUAUUGUAAAAUGGAGAAAGAGAAAUUUUCAAGUGGGAGCAGAGAAGAAAUUGUGUGUAUAUAUAUAUGUAUAUGUAUAUAUAUACAUAUAUAUAAAAUAUGCUGUUGAACGUUGCACUUUCGAUAUAACCUCGGAUAUAAUCCAUCUGCAAAUAAAGUGAUACUCACUCUCUACCACAAAAUAGUACACAUACAGUUUAUAAAAUAAAGAUUAUAUAAAAGCUUCAAGGUUCGCGUGCAAAUUAAUAUUAUGAUAUGGUAAAAAAAAUUGUUUUUAUACAAUUCUUAUAUUUAAAAAAAGCUUUCAGUGAUCCGCUUGGUUUGUGCGUGAAUAGCGUAUUGUAAUCGAAACGUGGUAAACAAACAGAGCUUUAUCUGUAGAAGAAAAACUAUCGCAGCACAAAAUGCAAUGCUUCGAAAUAAUUGUGCGCUUUGAAAUGAAAAAUAUUCAAUCGCAUAGUGUGUUGAUUCUCGUAAUUAGUAGAAUUAAUCGUAUAUUCCACAAAACAAAAAUAUAUGUUAUUAAAUAAUGUAAUUAAAAUUGUCUACGGGGUGAAUCAACUUUUCGCUUUGUUUGAAAAUGAUAAUUUAGUAUAAGUACUGAUUGAAAAAAGAAGUUUAAUUUUGCAUAAAAAUUGUUUACACGUGCUAUUAUAUAUUAAUCAUACCCAUACUGAUUGCCAUCGAUACAUUUGACUGCUAUCACGUAAAACAAUUAACACUCAGUCCCACUUAUGAUUGUUGAAAUGAUGUACUUGUUGAAUAUAUUAUAUACUGUCAUUGUCAAGAAGCUAAGAAAUGUACUGCUGAAAUAUUGCUUUUUCGUUUACUGUAUUCGCCUGUCUAAAAACCAUUUACUAUUGGUUUGAUCAUUCAUUGAAUCGUCUACGUAUCCGAUGAGCACUGACGUGACGAUAAAAAAAGUCAAUGCAUCAAGCAAACAUUGCCAGCAGGCGAGCUUUUUAUGUGUUAACGUUAACGAUGAUAGUUAAUAUUAACAUUUUAUGAUAAUAAUGACGGGUUUGCAGCAUUAUAGAAAAUUAUUGCUGUAAAAAUACUCUCCAUUGGAUAGGAGUUACAUGACUUACUAAUCAAGUGAUAAUGUGAGAGGAUACGUUGAUGAUUUUACGUUUUGACGCGCACCAAUACACUAUGAUAUCCAAGGACGCAAAAAAGUUUUACGGGGACAAGUAUUGAUAGCAUAAAUAAUUCAUACAAAUAACAGCGUAAGCGUUCGUUUAUAUGCGUAGUAGAAAAAACGAUUAACAGUCGAUAAGAAUUCAUAAGAGAUCAAGUAUUAUUGUAUGAAGUAAAUGAACAUCAUUAUACAAUCUAACUACACCUGCCUCUUGUGAAUAAAAAUCUAUU